UUUCAUUUUGCUCAUGGUGGCAAAGCCAUGUUAACUCUUUUAUAUAUAUUUUAUAUGUUGUGACGCAUUCAAGUUCCUUUCUCUUGACCAAAACUGAUUGAUGAUCAUUUAUGAUAAUAAAAAAAAAGGAUAAUAAAAUGGAUAAAAUGACUGGCCCAGAUCGAAAGUCCAACAUCAAAGUGAGAUCUUUUGGUGAUCCAAAUCGUAACAAAGGAUGGAUUAAAUGUUAUACAAAUAAAAAUCGUAAAAAGCCAUAUUUUUUUAAUGUUUUUACACGUUGUGCAACUUGGACAUUACCAAUUUCCAAGGAUAUAUAUUUACCAACUCACAAGUGUAAUUUGAAAAAAACAAAUGAAUUGGAGACAAUUGAAGAUAUGCCAUUAUUUUCAUUGUCAGAUUUUGAAGAUGACAAUAAUAAAGAAAUACUAUCAAAUAUAAAACAUGGUAGUAAAACAAAAGUUGAUAAAGAUAUUUUAUUUAAACUGUAUUUUAAUACAAAAAUAAAUUUAUCACAAAAUAUUGUUGAUAGCUAUGAUGAUGAAGAAGAAGAAGAACAACAUGUUGAUAAUGAAAAUAAUGAAAAUUAUCCAGUUGUAAUAGCAAGUAGAGAUAUAUCAGAAUUAAGUGAUAUUAUUGAUCAUCUUGAAAUAAAUUAUUCAAUGAUUCAACAACAGUAUCAUCAAAUGAUACUUUAA